CAUCUCCUUCCUCCUUAAUUCACAGCAAAAAUCUCAAGUUGUCGUCGACGUCGCGUUCAUCUCCAUUUACACUUCUCAAACUCAAUUUGAAAGAGCAGACGGCUGCUUUUUUUUUUUUUUUUUGAUUCUUGACAGAUUCUUCUUCAAACCACAAAAAACGCAGCAAAGAUUGAUUCUUCAAACGCAGCUAUGAAGGUCAUGAUGAAUGUAAAUGGAACAUCAUCAUCCUCUCUUUAUCUCGCACUCUACACAGACGUCACCAAUUCUAAGGAACUAUUGGAAACUAUGCAAGCUGGGACAUUGGACCCAGAACUUGCAUUCCUCAAUGCUUCACUUAUUCCAGAUAUUUUCCCUCUUCUAGCAGCUGCACACAAGACACUUGUUGUCAAGUCACGGGACUCUUUGACCACACGAACUCUUCAUUCAGAGCUCGUUUACAACUACUCAGGGUCCAAACAUAUUACUGAAUCUUUAAAAAGAUGUGGUAUCUCUGAAACCACAACUUAUGUCCUUGCUGCUCGAUUUGAUGCUACUCCUGAUGAGAUUAAAGCCAUAGAGAAACUCUUCAUUGGAAAAGAGAUCGAUCUGGAGGAGCUCGAAGGGAGAGCUAACCAAGCCCAAAUACAAAAGCAUUACAAGAUAUCUGCCUCAGAACUUGGAAUAUCAUCACUUGCAGAUGCAAUAACUUGCCGUAUAGCUGCUCGUGAUGCCUUGUAAAAGAAUGACUGUGAUCUGCUUGUAUGCUUAGCUUCUAGCCUUAUUGUGUAAGAAUGAUUUAGAUUUAGUGGAUUUAUCAUUAAACAUUAUUUAUGAUGAGAUAUUAUGGCAUCAUUUGAUCUAUGAAGUUGACUUCCAUCUUGUUGCCAACUGUAGUCUAUUCAUAUAGCUGAAAAAGAACACUUUGUAGUCGUUGUAGAAAUAGGAAGUGUGAGAAUAAGAGUUAUCACACGAUAAACAAGAGGAUAGGCUUGUGCUUUUUUAGAUUUUACAAACCAACGGCACAAAUGAAUAUAGUUUUCCAAUUCUCCAAAAUUAGGAUGCUUCCGGACAUGAUCUAAGUGUUCAAACCAUGUCCUCAAUUGUAACAUCUCAUACAAAGUCUCGUGGGUAGAAUUUCUUUAUAUCA